AUGGUUGAGGUUUAUGAGGAAUAUGAUUCCCAAGGAGAAGAAGAAGAAGAUGGUCUGAAUAGGAAGAUGGUGUUGGUCUCAAAGAGACUAAUGGUUGAGAUCAAAUAUCGAAUCGAUGAUUUACCAGAGUGGCUACUCCAAAACAAAUUAGAGAGGCCAUGCAGGUUUACUUAG